CACAACGUUGCCUCGGUGUUCAAAGUCUUUUGCUUCAAAUUAACAAUGAGAGAAAAGAAAGAGAGAGAAAACUGAGUUUUAGAGAGAGAAAGGAAGAUGAUAAUACCAGGAGAGACCGUCAGCUUCUAAUAUUCUUUUUCUGAUUUUUAUUUUUUUUCAUUAUCUGUAAUUAACCUAACCCUAGAUUAGAAUUUUUUUUCCCAUCUCUUAAUUCACUAAUCUUUAGAGAGCUACGAAAUUCUAGAUCUCCAAUCCCCUCAAUUGGUUUUUUGAUUUGGUUUCUUCGUUUCCGUGCGACUUUUUUUCGAUUUGUCGGUGCGGUUGAAUCGGUGUACAGUAUCGUGUUCUGUUUUGUCUCAGCAUUAUUUUUGUAUUUUGCAUUUUAAUAUUUUUUGGGGGUUGGAUUAGGGUUUGUGCUGCGUCAAGGAGGUUUGAAUUUUUAGCUUUUGUGGAUUUUCUUGAUGGAACCGCGAGUUGGUAAUAAAUUUCGGCUUGGUAGAAAGAUCGGCAGCGGGUCGUUUGGGGAGAUCUAUCUCGGUACUAAUAUCCAGACAAAUGAAGAAGUCGCCAUUAAGCUUGAAAAUGUCAAGACAAAGCAUCCUCAGUUGCUAUAUGAGUCAAAGUUAUACAGAAUCCUUCAAGGAGGAACUGGGAUUCCAAAUGUGAGGUGGUUUGGAGUUGAGGGAGACUAUAAUGUCCUUGUGAUGGAUUUGCUUGGACCUAGUCUUGAAGACCUAUUUAACUUCUGCAGUAGGAAACUCUCUUUGAAGUCAGUUCUUAUGCUAGCUGAUCAGAUGAUCAAUCGUGUUGAGUUUGUUCAUUCAAAAUCAUUUCUACAUCGAGAUAUCAAGCCAGACAAUUUUCUUAUGGGCUUGGGCAGGCGUGCUAAUCAGGUGUAUAUGAUUGACUUUGGUUUGGCAAAGAAAUACAGAGAUAGUUCAACCCAUCAACACAUUCCUUACAGAGAAAAUAAGAAUUUGACUGGAACUGCCAGAUAUGCAAGUAUGAACACUCACUUGGGAAUUGAGCAAAGCCGGAGGGAUGAUUUAGAAUCUCUGGGUUAUGUUCUCAUGUACUUCCUAAGAGGAAGUCUUCCUUGGCAAGGAUUAAAAGCAGGAACUAAGAAACAGAAGUAUGAGAAAAUUAGUGAAAAGAAAGUGUCCACUUCAAUUGAGGCCUUAUGUAGGGGUUAUCCAACUGAAUUUGCAUCCUACUUUCAUUACUGCCGUUCUUUACGAUUUGAUGAUAAGCCUGAUUAUGCUUACCUGAAAAGAAUAUUCCGCGAUCUCUUCAUUCGUGAAGGCUUCCAGUUUGAUUAUGUAUUUGACUGGACAAUAUUGAAGUAUCAGCAAUCGCAGCUGGCUAAUCCUCCAGCUCGUGCCCUCGGCCCUGGAAUUGGAACUAGCUCUGGAGUGCCCCCUGCUAUUGCCAGUGCAGAUAGACAGACAGGUGGUGAAGAAGCGAGACAAACUGGUCAGUCAAUAGAUUCUGCUCGGCGCAGACUUUCAGGGUCGGGGCCUAUCCUAAAUAGUGGAAAUUAUGCAAAGCAAAAGAGUCCAAUUGCAAAUGAUUCUCCCGCUAGUAAGGAUCCUCUGUUACCGAGCUCUGCUUUCAUAGGACGAUCAAGUCGAUCCACAAGGCAAGCAGGUACCGUUUCUACUAGCCGCGAUAUAUUUGCUGGAAGUGAGGCUGAUCCGCAACGCUCGCGCACAACUGAUGCAAGUCCAGGAGCCGCCCAUAAAAUUUCUAGUGGACAAAGGAGUCCUCCUUUAGGAUCUGCAGACCCCAGGCGGUCAGCAUCAACCAGAAAUGCCACGCACAUGAAGAGCUAUGAGUCUGCCCUCAAGGGAAUCGAGGGCCUGAAUUUUGACAGUGAUGAUAAGGUUCAUUAUUAGGUGCUCAGUGCAGUGCAUUGUUGUAAAUCAUGAACUUGGUGUGCCGCUAAACUUGCAGUGAAUAGAUUAUUCUCAUGAAGUUGAGUUUCGGAGAAGUGCUUAGAGGCCAUAUAAAUCUGCAUUUUCAAUUUGCACGCUCAAGGCAUCAGCCUGAUAAUGCGAAAACGGUCUUGGGAAGCUGAAGUUUGCAAAUUGUAGAAGUCUUAAAAUUCGACGUUUGAGUGUGUUAAUGCGGUACAUUUUCUUUUUUCAGAUAUUCCCAUAGCUUAACCUGUUUCUGUUGCCACUUUGUUUCAUUUAAGCUCUCAUAUUUUUUAUGUUCCUUUGAAUCAGAAGCGUUAAAAACCUGAAGCCAAUGUAAAUUGGGCGUUGUAUCCAUAUUCCUCUUUAGUUUGUGUGUUUUGGGCUGCAGGGUAAUGUGUCGGGUAACAACUUGCCAAGCACUAUUGGUCACCUGCUCUUAAUGAUUUUUACCAUCAUGCUAUAUGAAAAUCGAAUGCUUCUGUGUCGAAA